AUGCUCUGACGACGAAGACACAGCGGACGGCGGCGACCUCUUGGCUCCUGCUUCAACCGGCGACUUCCUCCUCCUGCUCCGAUGGAGAGAAGAAGUAUAGCUGAAGAGCUUUAUUCAGAGAUCUUGGAACCAAAAGCAGAUAUGAAUCAAACAUCAUUUUCUGAUGUAAAACAAUCCAAUUCACUAGAAGUUGAGGAUGAACAAUGGUGUGAAGAUGAGUCAUCAUGGAAUGGUUCAGAUGAGAAACUUGAUCAAUCAUCUGACCUAAAUAGGGAAUGGCAAAAAAGAAAAAACCAAUUCCAUGCGAUUGGAUAUCGUGAUGGGCUUUUAGCUGGAAAAGAAGCUUCAGCGCAAGUAGGUUUUAAUAUCGGGUUCAAGGAAUCUGUAAUCGAUGGAUUUCAUUGGGGUGUCAUUAGAGGCGUUACUGGAGCUUUGGAUUGCCUUCCUGAUGAAUUAAAAGAGAAGUUGAUAGAAUCAAAGGAAACAAGAAGCAAGUUUCAUGAAUUAUAUGGAUCUGUGAAUAAUCUAUCAACAACAGAUGCACAAAAAUUGUUUCAAAAUGAUGGUGUACUUGAUAGUUACUCUGAAAAACUUGAGUCUCUUAUUGUGGAAUCCCCUACAAUUGUGUUGCAAUCAAGGGAUAAGAGAAAUGAUGCUUCAUCAAUAGGGUCAAAAGCCUUUAAUUCAAUGAGUUAACAAGUUAAGCCCAAUUCAAGGAGAAACAAUUGUGAUCAAUUCACUAUAUUGUUAGUUUGAGAUUAUUUCGUUUGAUUGAUAUAUGAUGCAAAUAUACUUUGUUUUAUACACAUAUAGAUGAUAUGAUAGGGCUUCAAGUCUUUUCCUCUGUGAAUAUUACUAAAAAGGUAAAAAGGAAAGUCGGUGGUCUGACUUUGCUUUUCACCAUUUUAGUCCGUGGACUUUUUAUUUCUGUCACUUUUAUCCCAUUUGUUUGUAAAAGGACACUUUAUACCCUUUGCUUUUCAAAAUUAUGUUUUUAC